AUGGGAAGCAUCGAUAUGGAAACUGAAAAACUGGAGAUGUUGGAAGUUGGAGCAUGCAAAGAUUUUUACGAAAUGGGGUUCUUAAUAGGCCAAAGAUUCUCCCAACGAAUCAAAAACAGAGUUGCCGCAGAUACAAUACUUCAAAAUCAGCUUCGACCUUUUGCUCAAACUCCUCCGUCAGAAUCACUUCUAAAACAACUUUUUGAUAACAAUCAAACCAAAUUCCCAAUGUAUUGGGAUGAACUCUUGGGGACUUCAGCAGGAAGUGGCGUGCCUCUCCUUGAUAUUUUACUUAUUAAUUUCAAGAAGGAGAUUCUACCAUUUGUUCCAAAAGAAGAAGUGAAAAGUUUAGAAGAUGAUUCCUCAAAUGAGUGUUCUGAUGUUCUUGUUGUUAAUGAGUCUAUGGCUCUUGCAGCACACAAUGAAGAUGCAAAUGUUAGCCUUGUUGGUCACACCUACAUAAUCAAAGGAAUAUUGCCAGAUGGAAUGUUCUUCGUUGGAUAUACGUAUGCCGGAGAGCUUCCAAGUUCUGCAUUUGCUUUUAAUAGCAAUGGAUUGGUGUUCACUCUGAAUGCAGUACCACCUGCUGAAGAUGAAAUUGUAGCAGGUGGAAUUGGGCGCAACUUUGUUUCUCGACACAUUCUUGAAGCUCAAGGCAUUGACGAUGCUAUAAAUAGGAUUCGUUCAUCAGAAGUUUCGGUGGGACAUUCUUAUAACCUGAUUGAGUUAAGUACUCGUAGGAUUGUUAACGUUGAAACUGCGUCGAAGAAGCGAAUUUCAAUUCACGAGGUUGGAGAAACACCUUUCUUCCAUGCAAAUAUGUAUAGACACUUGCAUAUUAAUCAGGCACAAGAUGAGAGUUCGAUUAGCCGGCUGAAAAGGGCGAACGUAAUGACAAAAACAACAAGAGAAGAUUUUCUAUCAAUUCUAGGAGAUGCAGAUAACGAAAAAUAUCCGAUUUACAUGACAGGUCCAUUGCUUCACACGCUAUGCACCGCUGUUAUCGAUCUAGAUGAACAAACUCUGUCAAUAAUUGAAGGAAAUCCGAAAAACAAAGAUGCUUCACUUGUUUUCAGUCUCUCUUCAACGAAUUUGAUCAAUGACAAUUUUUAUAAUCACUUAUAG